UUAACAGAUAAUGUUUCCGCAUAUCAUUAUUUGAACAAACGAUAUCGCACAUAUAAAAACUGUGAUCCUAAAAAAUUCUACGCGGAUGAGGGACCUUUUACAGAACAUUGUCGGAAAGGCGGUUCCAUUCGAGGUGUUGAUGCAUUACGAGACUUUUUAAAUGAGCUUCAAUUGUGGAACGAAACCACAGUAUGCG